UAAAAUAAGGGGAAAAGGGAGAAGAUUAGAGAGAGAUGUAGAUGGUAAUUGUAUUGUCUAUCCUUUGAUUUGUCCAUGCUAUAUAUAUAUACAAAAUGUAAGUAUGUAACCUUCAUGGAAAUUAAGAUUCCAUUUAAGCGGGGUUACAAUAGAGGUAAUUACAUAUGGGGGUUACAAUGGGUGGCAUAAUACUAGGGAGUUACAAAUGAUAAUGAACAUCCACAUAGAAUAUAUUUUCUAACAUUUUUUUUUUAAUUUUUUUUUUAAGACUUAAAUAAGAUUUGAACAACAAAAACCAACGUUAGUUGGGUCUCAUCAGAAUUUAGCAGUCGUAGUUCGCGAAGCUCUGAAAAUGGCGAACGAAGAAGAGAGACUCCUAGAAACUCAAUUAGAGCUUCAAUUGCACGAACAAAAGGAUUCUCUCUCUGCUAUUCAAGAUGCUCUAAUCUUCGAUUCCCAAAAUUCCGAGCUUCUCAGUGUCCAAGACGAACUUGUUUCUGCCAUUAAAGAUGCAGAGGAAGGACUUUUUCACCUUAAACGUGCACGGUUGUUACGUGAAGUUGAUUUUGCUACGCAGGGAUAUGAAUGUUCAAAUAAAGAUGCUGAGGUUGAGCAUAUUAAGCCUGCAGAACUGGAUACUUCCAAGCUUCCAAGUGAAGAUGUAGAGGCAGAACCAUUACAUUCUUCUAAUGUUGAAGUUGAAACUUUGGAGGAGCCAAGUUAUUUUGUUGGAUCUAAAUGUAGAUUCCGCCACACUGAUGGGCGUUGGUAUAAUGGUCAAAUCGUGGAGUUGGAUGGCUCUUCUGCCAGAGUUUCUUUCCUCAAUCCAACGUCAGAAAAAAUGAUGAUGUGCAAGUUCUUCCUUCAACAACGGUGUCGAUUUGGUGCUAACUGCCGGUUAUCACAUGGAACACUUAUGUCGCUGUCAUCCCUGAAGAAGUAUGUGUCACCUUGCUGGGGGCAGCCAUUGGUAGGAGCUAGUAUUUUUGCAGUUUCUAGGAGUGGAGCUAGCAUUUGGAGAGAAGCUGAACUUGAGUCUUGGGAUGACAAACUCAAUCAAGGCCAGAUUGUAUUUCGUGAUGAUGGAAGCUCAGAGACGCUGGGGGCUGAAGCAAUGGCAUUAUCACAGCAUGCAGAAGCCAGCAAUGAUGAAGAAGAUAGGGAGACUGAUAAUUCAGAUUCUGAGAACUCAGGUUCAAGUGAUUAUGAAGAUGUAGACGAUGGUUUUCCACAAGGUUUAGGCUUUGUUAAAAGCACUGCCUUGCAGAAGGGGAUUCAAACAGACACCGCCAUCUUUGCCAAGUGGGAGAAUCACACUCGGGGUAUAGCUUCCAAAAUGAUGGCUAAUAUGGGCUUCCGUGAAGGAAUGGGUCUAGGACUAGCAGGCCAGGGCAUGGUGAACCCAAUACCCGUGAAAGUUCUCCCAGCAAAACAAUCCCUUGAUCAUGCUAUGCAAUCUGUUAAGAACGAGGAGAGAGAUGAGCAUCCAGAAAAGAAUAAAAAACAAAGCAGGGGUGGGAAGAGGAAACGUGAAAAAAAUUUUGCAGAAGCAGCGCGGGCUGCUAAGCAAGAGGAGCAGAGGCCUGAUGUCUUCAGUCUAAUCAACAGUCACCUUGCAACGCAUGGGCGGAUGAUUAAUAAUGAAAGUUCAGUGAUGAAGAAAAAGAGCAAAGAGGUUAAGAAAGAAGAUAGACGUUCAAUGAUUGCUUAUGAAGAGGAGGUGAAGGAGUUGAGGAAUCGAGUGGAAAAGUUGGAGGAGAUGGCAAACCGUAAUAGGAAGGAGAAGGCUGUGUACGAGGCAGCAAUGAGGAAACUGACAGAGACUCAGAAAGCUUUGUCAGAAGCCGAGGCUAAGCACGCAUCGACUUCAAAUGCAGUUGUUAGCAAAGAGAAAGAAAAGAAAUGGCUGAAGUUUUAGCAUUCAUUGAUUAGAAAUUUAGAAGUAUAGUAAUUUGUUAUUAUGUAUCAAUUAUGCAUGUUGUUGAAGUAAAUUAUCAAUUUGCUAUGGUUGAUGGUCAUCUUCAAGUUUUUUGCCAAACAAAAAAAAAGUAACAUCAGUUGUAAACUUAUGUGGCAAGUACAAGGGGUGCAUUAUCUAUACCAAUUCGGAUAAUUGUCCUGAAAUUUUUAUGAUAAAAUGACAUCAUUGGCCAAAGUGUUA